CAGGCAAAACGUCCAAGGUUAGCAUAAAACGGGCCACCCGCCCGCUCCCACUCCAACCAUCUCCCUUCUCCUCUCCGCUCCCUUCCCCCCGAAGCUGCCUGCGGCCAGCGCCGGCAGCCCCUCAUCCUCCAGCCGCCGCCGCUCCCUCCCUAUAAGUACUCCGUCUCGCCGUACCCCUCCUCAGAUCUCCACGCAACCCGCCGCUACCGCUACUCGUCCUCCUCACGCACGCGCUUAAUCACCUUCUUCUACCACCUUCUUGCCUCCACCACCAAGAGACCCAGAGCCCGAGCAGAGCCAGCCAGCCAGGAGCCAAUAACCUGCCUCUCCGCGCCCAUGUCUGUGCAAGCGGCCUCGCCGGCGUCGGCGGGGGAGAAGACCAUGGCCACGACGGCGUGGCCGUACCUGGAGUACAUGGCGCAGUGGGAGCGGCAGGUGGAGCGACGGCAGCUGUUCCUACGAAGCUACCACUUCUCCCGCGACGCCGAGGUCUCGCCGCGCGCGCGCACGCGCCGCGUCGUCUGGGCCGGGGCGCGGCGCCUGCGCCGCGCCGCCGCCAAGGGGCUCCGUCGCCUCCGGGCGCGCAUCCGCCUCUGCUUCGGCUGGGCCGCGCCCGCGCUCCGCCGCCGCUCCUCCCCGCGCCGUGCCGGCGUCCACGGGUUCCGGUACGGCCGCAUCCCCCGCGGAAAGGCGCCGGCGGCCGCCGCCAACUCCGCGUCCGUCUGCUUCUGGUAGCCAUAGAAGGCCAACGCGUCAGCGCACUUGCUGGCUUCCAAGUUAAGCUCUUGAUUGCUUAGGUGAAACAAUUAGCCGGUGAAUGGUAGCGAGCGGCGGCUUCUGCUCCGGCUCCAUGGAGUGUUCGUCGUCGCCUGCUGUGCUCGCUGUUUGACUAGACUAGAGAGAGAUGGAGGAUGAUUAAGUAAACAGGGCAGCUGUUGCUCAAGUGGGAUUGGUUGUGUGUGGAUGUUUUUUCCUUCUUUUUGGUGUCUAAUUACUCUGAAUGAGUUAACUGUGUAUCUAUCUGAAGCCUUCUCUGUUCUUGCU